GGACUAUGCCAUGAUUAAAAUUGCAAACAUGUUAGCAGUUAGGAUGUAGCAUUGCCUCUAUCUCUCUUAACAUCCUUUUCUCUUAAAACUUCUUUUAUUAACCUCUUAAUUAUGAAAUCCAAAUCUUAGUUAUACCAGAAUAGUAAAUGAAAGAGAAGUUGGACAGAGCUAUUUUUGUUGCAUCCAAUAAUUUCCACCCCUUGAAACGAUCAAAUCCAUCAACCUGUUUUCACUCCAUCCAAUUAGAUCAUCCACAAAUCACAACAUAACAUUUCCAUUUUUGCUUCACAUUGUUUAGGGUCUCCAAUCACUUGUAACCAUUUACCACCGUUAGUAUAUGUUGAUAUAAGUUACUUUUUGUUUAGACAAAUCCAAGACUUUGUUCAAUUCCCUUUUGUCUGAGGUGUGUGCAUUCUUGUUUAACUCCUCUUUGUUCCUCAGACAUCCCAGAAGGGAACCAAAAAUAAAAAAUAAAAAAAUAAACACAAUCAAUAAAGGGGAGAAAACAAACAUGUCAUUCACAGGAACUCUUGAUAAAUGCACAGCAUGUGACAAGACUGUCUAUGUGGUUGACUUGUUAACUCUUGAAGGAAUUCCUUACCAUAAAAACUGCUUCAAGUGCAGUCACUGCAAGGGAUGUCUUACGAUGUGCACAUACUCCUCAAUGGAUGGAAUUCUUUAUUGCAAGACACAUUUUGAACAGCUUUUCAAGGAAUCUGGCAAUUUCAGCAAGAACUUCGCAAAGUCUUCUGAGAAGCAAAAUGAGUUGAAUAGAACCCCCAGCAAGCUAUCUUCCAUGUUCAGUGGAACCCAGGACAAAUGCUCAGUUUGCACAAAAACAGUAUAUCCUCUGGAAAAGAUGACACUUGAAGGGGAAUGCUUCCACAAGACUUGCUUUAGGUGUGCUCAUGCAGGGUGCCCUCUCACACAUUCAAACUAUGCUGCCCUUGAUGGUGUUCUCUACUGCAGGGUCCACUUUGCACAACUUUUCAUGGAGAAAGGGAACUACAACCAUGUGCUCCAAGCUGCUGCACACAGGAGGACUGGUUCCUCUACACCUCCACUACUAGAGGAGCCAUCACAAGAGCCAGCACCACCAGCAUCUCAUGAGGACCAAACAGAAGAAGAGACACCUCUUGAAUGAGACUGGAAGUUGACAUGAAUUGUUUCAAUUCCCUCCAUCCCCUUCUUUCAGAAUAUUGAGCAAGGUCUUUGGUUUAAGUUCAGUACAGUGAAAAUAUUUGUAACAAUAUCUUUUUGAGUUUCAUUGUAAACUAACAACUUGAGAGGUUUGUUUAUUAUGUAUUCAAAAUUUUUAAACAAAA